AAUUACUAUCAAGUAAUGAUUUUGCAAUUGGCAAAAUCAGCCGCAGAACCGGAGCUAAAAUAUCAACGAAUUAUGCACAAAGUAAACGAAUAUAUCCACGAGAAAAAGCUUCCAAAUCGGCUUAAGAAUAAGCUUCUUGCUUAUUACGAGUAUCGUUUUCAAGGUAGUUUUUUUAAGGAGAAAGACAUAGCCAACACUCUAUCAAAUCAUUUGUACCAAGAGAUUAUGAUACACAGUAGUCGUGGAUUGUUAGAUACAGCUACGCUCCUUCAUUAUUUGCCGCGCAACGUUAUUGGAAAUUUAAUGGGAAUUUUAAAACCAGUUAUCUAUCUGAAGGACGAUAUUAUUUAUCAAAGUCAAUCCGAAGGCGAGAACAUGUACUUUAUAAUUAGUGGCACCGUCGCCCUCAUCACGUUCAAUGGAAAAGAAAUAUGUCAUGAAAAAGAUGGCGGUUAUUUUGGAGAAGGCGCUUUAAUUUAUCCUGAUCGAAGGCGACUGGAAACAGCAAUGGUGCUUGAGUUUCUUAUUUUAUUUAGAAUUGCAAACAUGGAUGAAUCGAAAUGGAAAGAAAAGUACGAUCUCAUCACCAGAAAUUUGGCUGAGUGGCUUGGUGAUGAGAAACUGAAAAGUAUUUUAAAAGAGAGAGAUCUUAAGCUCUACUGGGGUACUGCCACUACUGGAAAACCUCACAUUGGAUACUUCACACCCAUGUCCAAGAUAGCGGAUUUCUUAAGAGCUGAUGUGGAAGUUACAAUAUUAUUUGCCGAUCUUCACGCUUAUCUGGAUAACAUGAAAGCUCCUUGGAAACUUUUAGAUCUUCGUACCCAAUACUAUGAAGCAGUUAUUAAAGCAAUGUUGAAGUCCAUUGAUGUACCUUUAGAUAAAUUAAAGUUUGUCAAAGGGACUGACUAUCAGUUAACUAAGGAAUAUACACUGGAUGUUUAUCGGUUGACCUCUAUUGUAACUGAGCAUGAUGCAAAAAAAGCAGGAGCUGAAGUAGUCAAACAAGUAGCCAAUCCUUUGCUCUCUGGAUUAUUAUAUCCUGGAUUACAAGCUUUGGAUGAACAAUACCUUAAAGUUGACGCACAAUUUGGUGGUGUAGAUCAAAGAAAAAUUUUCACAUUUUCAGAAAAGUACUUACCAAUGCUUGGAUACGAAAAGUGUAUCCAUUUAAUGAAUCCAAUGAUUCCUGGUUUAGCUGGUUCGAAGAUGUCUUCUUCUGAGGAGGAUUCCAAGAUCGAUCUUUUAGAUAAUGCAGCAACAGUUAAAAAAAAAUUAAAGAAAGCAUUCUGUGAGCCUGGUAAUAUAACUGAUAAUGGCAUUCUGUCAUUUGCAAAGUAUGUGAUAUAUCCUCUAUUUAAAAAAGGGGAAUCAUUCAAUGUACAAAGAACUGCUGAAUUUGGUGGAGAUAUAUCGUUUGAUACGUAUGAGGACUUAGAGAAUGCAUUUGCUAAAGAAGAAAUACAUCCUGGAGACUUGAAGAAUGCGAUUGAAAUUUAUAUCAAUAAACUUUUGGAUCCAAUUAGGAAAGAAUUUGAGGCAAAUCCGAAAUUAAAAUCUUUAGCUAGUAAAGCAUAUCCACCUCCACAGAAACAAAAAGCUACAGAGGAACUAACACCAACCCGAUUGGAUAUCAGAGUUGGAAAAAUAGUCGAAGUAUCAAAGCAUCCAGAUGCCGAUUCACUUUAUGUAGAAAAAAUAGAUGUAGGAGACGAAAAUGGACCUCGUACGAUAGUUAGUGGACUUGUAAACUUUGUACCACUAGAGGAGAUGAAAGACAGAAUGGUGGUUAUUCUUGCAAAUUUGAAACCAGCAAACCUUAGGGGUAUUCAAUCUCAUGGAAUGGUUCUCUGUGCUUCUGUAGAUGAACCUACAAAGCGGGUUGAACCAUUAAGACCUCCAACAAAUAGUAAGCCUGGUGAUAAAAUCACUGUGGAAGGAUACGAGAAUGGAACGCCCGAUGACAUUCUUAAUCCAAAGAAGAAAGUGUGGGAAAAAUUACAACCCGAUCUUGUAGUAAAUGGUAACGGAGAAGCAUCUUGGAGCGGAAACCCCUUGUUCACUGCCAGCGGUGGUAAAAUUACAGCCGACAGCCUCAAAAACGUACCAAUUAAAUAAUUUAUUCCUGGGGUACUUAGGAUUUCCAUUUUUAUUAUUUACUUAUCGAAAAAUAGAUCACGCGUGAUCUGUUGAACAAAUGUGCUUGAUAUUUAAGAUUGCCGGGUUUAUUUUAUUUUAUUGUUAGCAUCAAAUUUUUUGUAUUUUUCAAAUGUGACCUUCACGAGAAUAGAUAGUCACGUCGUUACAAGAAAUUGUA